AUGACAUGCCGUGGAGAGGCUCCGGGCCGGGGCACUGGCCAUGGAGGCCGUGCGGCAGCGCUGGUGGAACUGGAGGACUCUCCCUUCACCAACGCCGGGAUGGGCUCCAACCUGAACCUCUCCGGGGAGAUCGAGUGCGACGCCAGCAUCAUGGACGGCAAGUCGCUGCACUACGGCGCCGUGGGCGCCAUACGAGGAAUAAAGAACCCUGUCCUGGUGGCCCACCGCCUGCUGAGCGAGGCCCAGAAAGGGAAGCUAUCGGCAGGCAGAAUCCCACCCUGCUUCCUGGUGGGGAGGGGAGCGCACGACUGGGCCGUUGCUCACGGGAUUCCCCCCUGCCCCGCGGAGAAAAUGGCCACAAAGUUCAGUUUGUCGGCCUACAAGAGGAACAAGCGAAAGAUGGAGAUUGCAGAGAAGAUGGACACACCGGAGAACCCGAUGAAGAGAAGGCGACAGUCCAGUGAGACUGAGAACGGCUCUGAGUGUCUUGACACCGUGGGGGCCAUCGUGGUGGACCAGGAGGGAAACGUGGCUUCAGCCGUCUCCAGCGGCGGGCUGGCUAUGAAACACCCUGGCAGGGUGGGCCAGGCCGCUCAUUACGGAUGUGGCUGCUGGGCCCAGAACAGCUGUAACUCAAACCCUUACUCCACAGCAGUGAGUACCUCAGGCUGCGGGGAGCAUCUGAUCCGCACUAUGCGGCGGGAGUGCUCCGUCGCCCUGCAGGCUGAAGACGCUCACCAGGCUCUGCUGGACGCUAUGCAAAACCAGUUCAUCAGCUCCCCCUUCCUAGCCAGCGAGGACCGUGUGUUGGGUGGGGUGAUUGUGCUCCGAUGCUGCCGCUGCGAGGAAGACCCGCCGUCCCAAGACCUCCAGGCCUCUCUGGUGGAGUUCCUGUGGAGCCAUAGCACGGAGAGCAUGUGCGUGGGCUACAUGUCAGCCCAGGACAGCCGGGCCAAGCCCCACUCCUAA